AUGUCAUUUGAUACUUAGAUUGUUUAUUCAAAAUUAGGUGAAAUACUACUAGCCUAAGUUGGAUUAAUAAUGAGUAUAUUAAUGGUUUUGAGUUUUACUUCUUGGAUUACAUAGACUUGAAAAAGUCUAAAGAUAAGGAAGACCUAAAGAUAUGUAAAGAAUUGGUAGCAUAAGCAAAAAAGAAACUAGUAUACACUAACAUCAUCUAUGAAUUGUCUAGAAUUUAAUUGUUUCUAAAAAGUCAUUUCGGAAGGAAUCAGCUUUUUCAUACACAUUUAUUUGGAAUAUAGGAAAAGAAGAAAUAAAACAUAGUAAUCGUGGGUAAGUGUUUGAUAAUUCAAUUACUAUGAUUGAGGUUGAUGCAAAUAGAGAAUAAAUUGAAUGGCAUUUUAGUAAAGAAGACUUCAAUUUUUAAGUAGAGGUAAAGUAAAUAUGUUCAAGAAUAAAGAAGACUUAGCGAGAGUAUGUUAAGAUGUGGGUAGUGCUUCAUUUUAAUCCAUUUAAUUAUGA